GGUCGCAUGCACGCACGUCGGAAGCUCCUCCACAUGGCGAGCACUCCCCAAGAUUAGCCCGCCUAACCCUCCUAUAAAUGGCGGCCCCGCGCUCCCAUCUCUCCUCAGGCAAAGCACAAGGACACAGAGCAACCCAGAGAGCAGCAGCCUUCCUCGCCUCCGUUCUUCUCCGGCACCGGUGCUCUCGAUCGUUCUCCCCGACCGACCGAGACCACCACCUCGACCGACCAAGAAGGGAUGGAGAUGAAGAAGAUCGCCUGCGCCGUCCUUGUCGCCGCCUCCGCCACCGUGGCCCUCGCCGCCGAGGCCCCCGCCCCGGCACCCGGCGUCGCCGCCGGCUCCGCCGCCACCGGCCCGGCCCUCGGCGCCGUGCUCGGGGCCACCGUGCUCUCCUUCUUCGCCUACUACCUGCAGUAAGCGCGCAUUCAUCCACAUUUCGCUGCGAGGAGGAAGGGAAGAAGAUUACUCUUACGUAUGGCUCUACGCCGCGCUCAUCCGAAACAUGCGAGUGCAUUCUCAAUCUUUGAUGGAUGCAUGAGCAUGUUUUGAUUUAUCUUAAUUUUUUUUCUCUCCUCCAUUUGGCGAAUUGAUACGCACCGGUCUGAUUAAUUUGGUGCUUUCUUGUUAUAUUCUGUUCUUCCCUUGGAGAGAGGGAUCGAUGGAUAUUGUAUUAUUGUUUGCCAUCUGUUUGGCCUAAUUUAUAAAUAUUGGAUUCAAUCA